GUUCGCAACAUUUCGAAAGUGACAUUGUGUUGUCUUCUUUCGAUGUGAAAACCGCUUUUAGCGCCAACCGAGUUACACACAAUUGUACAAUAUGUGAGAAAGGUCAACAUUAAGUAUUCAUGACUACGAUUCAAAGUCGAAGUUUCAAACAAUUGUUAGUUCAGUGUGUGACUUGCUCGCGAGUCAUUUAACAAAAAAAGAUUGUGAAAAUUGUAUUUAAAUACAGUCAGAUUUUAGCUUUUAAUAAAUUUUGUAAAUAUCAAAUAAUACAUUUUUAAAAAACAAUAUUUUCGAAAUUACAUGUCCCGCGCAACAGUUUUACGUUGUGCUGAAUUAUCUUCAAUCUGCGAUCACAUACCAAUGUAAGGAGUGUCAUCGAGUCGAAAAUAUCUGAGGUACAAAUUCCAAACAUGUGUGAAGUAAAAUUAGAUAUUCCGUCCGAUGACAUGGCGGACGAAUCCGAUGUUUGUCGUAUCGAUUUAGAGACAGCUGUUAUAAAUCAUUCUGAAUCAUCGCAAGCAAAUGGCAAACCAGCUCUUAUAAAUUAUGCAGACGUAGUUCAACAGUUGCGGGAUGCAUUUAAUACUGGGAAAACAAGAUCACUAGAAUGGAGAAUUACACAAUUGAAGCAACUAAAACGCAUGAUAAACGAGACCGCCACGGAAAUCACGAUAGCGCUGGCGUCAGAUUUACGCAAAUCCAAAUUUGAAGCGUACGCAACCGAAAUUGAUUUUGCAAUUAACGAAAUAGACAAUAUGCUCGACAAUAUUAAACAGUGGGCAGCGCCACUAGAGCCACAUAAGGAAUUGGCAAACUUUUUCGACUCGGUGAAAAUUUAUAAGGAUCCCUACGGAGUUGUUCUUAUCAUUGGUACAUGGAAUUAUCCUCUUCAAUUGACCAUAGUACCACUUAUAGGCGCUAUUGCAGGUGGAAAUUGCGCAAUUUUGAAGCCAUCGGAGAUAGCACCGGCUACAAUGAAAUAUUUGGCCGACACUAUUCCGAAAUAUUUGGACACGGAAUGUGUCCGCGUCGUAGUGGGAGGAGUUUCGCAAACAACAGAGCUACUCAAGGAAAGAUUCGAUUAUAUUUUUUACACUGGAUCUACAGGAGUUGGAAAAAUUAUACGAGAAGCUUCCAAUAAAUAUCUUACACCUGUUACACUAGAGCUGGGUGGUAAGAGCCCGGUAUAUUUAGACAACACAGUAGAUAUGACACUGGCAGCAAAACGCAUUCUUUGGGGCAAAUGUCUCAAUGCCGGUCAAACUUGCAUCGCACCCGAUUACGUUUUGUGCACGCGUGAAGUGCAAAACAAAUUUGUUCAGGAAGCUGAAAAGAUUCUGAAGGAGUGGUACGGCGAAAAUUUACAAGAAAGUCCCGAUUUCGUUCGCAUAGUAACGGAAAAGCAUUAUCAGCGACUUGUUACUUUUUUGAAUGGCAAUAAUGGCAAGAUAGCGAUCGGUGGCAUUACCAAUCCUACGGAAAAGUUUAUUUCUCCCACAAUAUUGCUUGAUAUCAAACCGACAGAUCCCGUCAUGCAAGAAGAAAUAUUUGGACCAAUACUGCCUCUAGUAACUGUUAAUAAUGCUUACGAAGCAAUCGAAUUCAUCAACAGCCGGGAGAAGCCGUUAUCAUUGUAUAUAUUUAGUCUGAACAAAGAAGCUAUAUCGGUGAUUCUUGAUAAUACAUCUAGCGGCGGUGUUCUUGUGAAUGAUACAAUAAUGCAUCUAGCAGUUGAUAGUCUACCCUUUGGAGGAGUUGGAUAUUCUGGUAUGGGAGCUUACCAUGGAAAAUACACAUUCGAUACAUUUGUACACGAGAAAAGUGUUUUAAUACGUGAUUACAAUAAAAUCGCAGAAAUGCUUAGCAAAAACCGUUUCCCACCUUACUCUGAUGCCAAGUUGAAGAUGAUUAAAUUAUUGGUCAGAAAACGACCUAUACUUGGUCUAUUCCGUAACAAAUAUUUUAUCUACACACUUAUAUUCGGUCUUGGAGUGCUAACGACAAUCGGAUUUACUACUUUACUAAAGGAAUUUAAUCACCAGGAGGACUAAUUUUACAAUAAUUACCGUGCAAUGCCUGAUAAAUGUCUCACAAUGCAUUCGUAUCGUGCAUUUAUAUGCAUACACUUUUUAUAGUUAAUUUUAUAGUCACACUAGUUAAAUAAUAAUCGUUUUUUGGGCUCUAUAAUUUUAUAUAAAUACACACACGCGUGUUUUCUUUGGUUAUACUUUUAUAUUUUACGGCUCAUGUUUUCUUUCAUUUACUUUUCGUAAUGUAAACGCGAGUUUGUUUUUUUUUAAUAUACUUAUGCGUUAUGUAUGUAAGUUUUUUUGUUGGUACAUGCGAGAUAUGAUACAAAAGCUUCAUGUAAGUAGAAUUGCAACGCAUAAUUAAAAUUUCCUGAGAUUAUUGAGAAAAAAAUUUUAAUGUCAAGGUUCACAGAGAAGAGCAUUAAUAAGCUUUGAAUUAUAAGUCUCUAAAGUUUGUGCGCUCACGUACGCUAACAUGUAAGCAAUGUAAGCAGCAAAACUAUUGUUGCGCAGAUACCUAUAUAUCGCGUACGAAGUCUUAAUGAAAAUAUUGUGGAAAAGAGACAAAUAUGUGAUAUAUAAUAUUAAGAUGACCAUAGUUUUUGUCGCCAAUUUUCGCUCUACUUUUAACAAGCAAAAAAAAAAAAAAA